AUGGACGAUAUUGAGACUAGCCUUCACGCUGCUAUCAAUGCCGGCAAAAUCCACGGAGCUGUCUUAUGUGCAACCAACUCCGAGGGUUCUUAUGUCUUCAACAAGGCGCUCGGCAAGCGUACUCUUUUAUCGGGCGAGACGCGACCGCAAAAACUUGACGAUGUCCUUUUUCUAGCGUCGGCCACCAAAUUGCUUGCCACCAUCGCGACACUUCAAUGCGUCGACGAGGGGCUUUUGGCUCUCAAUGAUGACCUAUCUUCUAUCGCACCCGAGCUCGCCGCCAAGCAGGUCCUGACUGGCUUUGCUGAAGACGGUGAAACACCUUUGCUAGAAUCUGCGACUCGGCCGAUCACUCUGGAAAUGCUGCUCGCACAUAGCUCAGGCCUUCCUUAUCAUUUUCUGAAUCCAAAUGUCGCCAGGUGGCGUGAACGAUUCGCUGGUAAUGGAACCGACCGUCGAACGGUUGAAGAGCUAUUCAAUUAUCCACUCGUUUUUCAGCCCGGCGAUGGCUGGAUGUAUGGCCCCGGACUUGAUUGGGCCGGUCGUGUGGUAGAGCGGGUGACAGGCUAUACGCUGGGAGAACGCAUGCAGCAGAAGAUGUUUAAGCCUUUAGGGAUCACCGAUGGCCAGUUCUAUCCGGUCACACGCGAGGACCUUCGAGCCCGUUUGGUUGAUCUAAAUCCUGAUGACCCUGACGCCCUUGGUCGUGCAGUGCUCGGUGGUGGCGGUGACAUGAACAAGCGUACCAACGGUGACUUCGGUGGACAUGGCUAUUUCUUGCCAGGUGCCGACUACGUGAAGGUUCUACAAUCUUUGCUGGCCAAUGAUGGCAAGCUUCUCAAGCCCGCCACAGUGGAAAACAUGUUUCAGAACCAUCUCAAUCCCCAAGCAAUGGCUAGUUACCAGAGCGCGCUAGCAAGCCCCCGAGGGCCCUUUUUUCGUGUGGGAACUGACCCAGGAAUGAAGGUGGGCUAUGGCCUGGGCGGCUUGCUGACGCUUGAGAAUGUUGAUGGGUGGUACGGUGAGCACACACUUACCUGGGGCGGUGGUUUGACAUUUGCUUGGUUCAUUGAUCGUCAAAACAAUAUUUGUGGCCUAUGUGCUGUCCAGGCGGCGCUGCCGGUUGAUGUUGAGCUAGUAGGCUCGUUGAAACAAUCUUUCCGUCGUGACAUCUACCGAAAGUAUGCGGCGUGGAAAAAGCAAGAAAUCUAG